CCGGAUACGCGCGGUUCGAGACCCCGCUGAAGCGUCAUGGCCGGGCCAGAGCUGGGGCUCCGCUUCCAGCGCUGCUUCCUGGCGGCCCGGCAGCUCUGCUCCUUCCCAUGGCUGGAACUUGAGCACAGCCUCCGGACCUCACUGGACUCCUCUCUGCUCCUGGAUAUUCUACACAGGACCAUUCUCCACCCUCUGUGUGUGAAAUACCCCCUUUCAGCCCGGUACAGAAGAUGCUUUCUAACUGAACUCAUCAAAAAGCAUGAAUCCACCACAGCUGAGCCCCUAGAUGAACUGUACGAAGCACUGGCAGCUAUUUUAAAUGAAGAAGAAUCUACUUACUGUUACAAACACUACUUACUGCCUACAGGAGAGUGUGUCACCCUUUCUGAGAGUGUGGCAGUGAUCUCUGAAGGAACCACGGGGCUCGUCACAUGGGAGGCUGCUCUGCACCUCACCGAGUGGGCACUGCAGAACCCUUCUGGCUUCAGGAACAGGACAGUCUUGGAAUUAGGAAGUGGGAUCGGCUUCACUGGAAUUGCCAUCUGUAAAACCUGCAAUCCCAAGACAUACAUAUUUAGUGACUACCACCACCGUGUUCUCCAACAGCUGAAGCAAAACAUCUGUUUGAAUGGCUUUGUCCUGAAGCCCGAAGCUGCCCAGCAUAUCCAGCUGGAAUCUGGAGGCCAGAAGGCAGAAGGAGCAAAUCACCAAAACCUGAAAGUAGUUGUUGCAGAACUUGAGUGGGGCUCAGUUACAGAAAAACAACUGUUGGCUCUUCAACCUGAUGUCAUCAUUGCAGCAGAUGUGGUGUAUGAUCCAGAGAUCAUUGGAGCCCUUGUUGGUCUGCUACAGCAAUUCUCCACUUCCAGAGCAGACAGAAAACCUCCUGAGGUCUACAUUGCUUCCACAGUCCGGAAUCCAGACACCUAUCACCUCUUCCAGGCUCAACUCGUCUCCCAGUGGCGCAGCUGAUCUGCAGCCCAUGGUUAACUCACAAAAUCAUGCCCAGUGCAUAGCAGAAGCAUUGCCAUUCAUGUUUAAGAAAAGUUGCUGGUAAGCAUUCACCUGUGGCUUCCUUUAACAGCAUGAUAGAGAUCUUAGUACAAAAUUGGACACGCAGCCUUUGCCCUUCAUUUUAUGAAGCAGGAAUCUGAUUCCCAGUGUUUAUCCUUACAGAUAAAGCUGGGAUUGGGUGGCAGAUUAUUCCAGCCCACAGCAACCGUGUUUUCCUCUGUGAUGUGCAGCCAAAUGUAACUAUUCUCCAGCUAUUUAUAUAGACUUGGCAAAUAGAAUUCCAGUUUUCAGAGCAACAGGAGAUAUCCCAUCCUGGCAACAAGGUGAUCUUAAGUUCUAGACACUGUCAGGAGAGGCACUGAGGAUACAACUCCACGCACGGGCUGUUGUCAAAGUGAAUUACCAGCAAGUGAAUUACUGCUGCCCCUGAAAGGUACCUGAGAACCUUAAGCAAUAGGAAAACCAGUCCUGAUCAUAUUGUGCUCUGGUUCUGUAGAAGACAACAUAAAUGAACUGGAUUUGUCUGACCAUGUUUUGCUUUCUAAUGGAGGCACGUCUGCAGGACCACAGGAUGAGUAUCUCACGCUGACAAGGGAAAAAAGCAGUGUUUCACUGGAAUAAAUACAUUUUUAAUAUUAAAACCA